AUGGCAGGAGGAUCCAGAAGUAGAAGUGGCUGCUGGACGUGUCGACUACGAAGGAAGAAAUGUGAUGAAAGACGUCCAGGAUGCGAGACAUGCGAGAAGCUCGGCAUCUCCUGCCACGGGUACGCCAACCGUCCCGACUGGAUGGAUGGCGGGGAGCAAGAAAAGGCAAAGUCGGCUGAAGUCAGACGGGAUAUCAAGAGUGCAACACGCCGUGAUGCUGGUCCGACUGCAAGUCAACCCUCAGCGUCGGUCCAUGAGCCAUCCCCACGGGUCAGCCCUACCCUAGAGAAUGCGACCCACCACGAGCCUCGGCAUUCUCCUCAGGAGAUCAGCACCACGUUGCCAACGGGAACUAACCAGAGCGACCGGCAGUUAUUGAACUCUAUGCUCGGUCUCAAUGUCGUUCUAGUUGGAGCAUCGUCGUCUGGUUCAUACCGAAGCAAUGGGGCCCAAGGAUUCGGACGGACCCAAACUAGUGAAGGCUCAGGAGACAUCGAGCAACGCCAGAUGCCCGUUAUCAAGGAACGCGAUGCUUCACUACUGAUGUACUACAUGGAUUGUGUGUUCCCAAUGCAGUUUAAGAUGUACAACCCGGCGCCAGCUGAAGGAGGUCGUGGUUGGUUGCUGUCAUUGCUUUUGCGCACGCCGCCCCUAUACUACAUGAGCCUCGCUUUGGCUGCUCAUUGUAUGGAGGUCUUGGAAAUUCCAAACGGCUCGGACGAAAGCAAAGGGGUCACAUCGGCCCAACUUGCAUCGGCUUUACAGAAUCUUCAACAGUAUAUCACCAUGUUCAACGAGCAGCCAGGCCCUGGGAGUCUGGAAGAAAACAUCAAGGUUUUGGUCUGUAUCAUGCAAAUGAUCGGCUUUGUCGGAUUUGCGGGCGGCACUGAGAACUGGCAAGUUCACAUGAAGGGAGCUUCAACAAUAGUGAGCAGAUUCACAGACAUCCUAUGUUCAUCGAACAGUACCAGUCAUCUAUUCGAGAGCAAUAGAUCUGGCACAGUGAUGUCCGUGGAAGAACUGAUCACUGUAAAAUUCUUGGUCAGCAUAUUCUCGUGGAUCGAGAUUGCCAAUUCCGUAUCCUCGGGGUCGUCUCCUACUCUUGGAUAUAUUCACGAUCGACUUCUUGGCGGCCAAGAUCCUCCAAUCCGUUUGGACAAAGUCAUGGGUUGCGAUAAUACAGUCAUGAUACUCAUAGCAAAAAUCGGAGCAUUGGACGAGUGGAAGCGAGAUGCGCAGGCAACCGGAAAGCUGAGCAUGAUGGAACUCGUUACAAGAGCGUCGUCGAUCGAGAAGGAAUUGAUGCUGGCUCUUUCCGGCAUCCCUGGCGGAAGGCCCCCUUCAGCAGAUUUUCGAUCUCUGUACGGCCUCAGCAGAGCGACGCUCUCUGUGUAUUUCGAUUACGUUACUGAAGCAUACACGCUUUCGGCCCUCGUUUACCUCCAUGUAGUAGUCUCUGGUCCGCAUGCUGAACUUCAGGAAAUUCGUAACAAUGUAUCCCAAUCCGUUGAGCUGUUUAGACGUCUUCCGGAACCUAUUAUCGCGCGUGCGCUGUACUGGCCAAUUUUGGUUACUGGUUCCAUGGCACUGCCCGAGGAGGAAAACCUUUUCAAAGAAAUGCUUGCGGAAAGUGGUGUCAAGCCGAUAUUUGUUGGACCAGGUUGGAAUAUCAUCAAAAUUCUCGAGGAAUGCUGGAGACGACGACGAACAAAUGACCCAUUACCUGUGAAAGAGGGAUAUUGGGCCGAUAUUAUGUCUAGCCUGGACACCACAGUCCUUCUACUUUAG